AUGGCGGGCGUAGCAGGCCUUCUAGCCACCUGCGCCGCCGCUGCUGCUUCCGCUGCCCACCUUCUGCCGUUGCUGCUGUUGCUGAUCUGCCCGCGAGGGACCCACGCGGAACAAGUUGUUCUCUUGGACACGACACAAGAGGAGAAGCUCGAGUGGACAAAGUAUCCGUUCGGCGCGGAAGCUAACACCCCAGGGUGGGUGGAAGAGUCGUUCACGAACUUCGACAAGGGCAUCAAUUGGCGGAGUUACGUUGUCUGCGAUGUCGCGUACAACAACGUGAACAAUUGGCUGUGGACACCGUUCAUAGAGAGGGGACCGGCGAAUCGCAUGUACAUAGAAAUCAAAUUCACCACACGUGACUGCUCGUUAUUCCCCGGGAACGCGCUCAGCUGCAAGGAAACGUUCAGUCUGCUUUACUACGAGUUCGACGUGGCCACCAAGGAACCGCCGCCAUGGGAGACGGACAGUUACAAGUUGAUCGGACGUAUCGCUGCUGGCGAGGGAAGGUUCAACACGAAUACGGAAGUGGUGAUAAACACGGAAGUGAAGUCGAUUCCAGUGACGAAGAAGGGCGUGUACUUUGCUUUCCGGGAUCAAGGCGCUUGCAUCUCUAUUCUGGCGAUUAAAGUCUAUUAUAUCAGCUGUCCGGAGAUAUCUGUGAACUUUGCACACUUCCCAGCCACGCCAACUGGACGAGAAGUCGCGUUGAUUGAACAGACGAUCGGUACAUGCGUGGACAAUGCUAUGGUGAUCGAACAGCCCACCUUCCUUUGCAAAGGAGACGGGAAAUGGUACCUGCCGAACGGUGGAUGCCACUGCAAGCCUGGAUACCAAGCUGACGUCGAGAAACAAGAAUGCACCGAGUGCCCGAUCGGUAAAUUCAAGCACGAAGCAGGGUCGCACAACUGCGAGGCCUGCCCGGAACACAGCAAGUCGUCUGAUUACGGAUUCACGGAAUGUCGAUGCAAUCCUGAUUAUUAUAGAGCCGAGAAGGAUCCUAAGAAGAUGCCUUGUACACAGCCACCGUCUGCGCCGCAAAAUUUGACGGUGAACUUUGUCGACCAGUCUACGGUGAUUCUGUCCUGGAAUGCGCCGCACAUGCUGGGUGGAAGAACAGACACAACUUACAGGGUGGUCUGCGACGCCUGUAGCAUGGGUGUCAAAUACAUUCCCAACACCGACGUUUUCAACGACACGAAAAUCACGAUAACGGGGUUGAACGCGGUUACCACAUAUCGAUUCCAAGUGUUCGCUGAAAACGGUGUGUCUGCCUUGGCUAGAAAGUCUGAAUACGUGGACAUCACUGUGACCACGGAAGCCAGCGUGCCCAGUUUGGUGAGCAACGUGAGGAUCACCAGUGUGAAAAGUUCCGAACUGAGCAUCAGUUGGGACGCUCCGGUGACCGAAGUUGGCGGAGACAGCGAUCUGGUCGAGAGAUACGAAGUGAGGUGUUAUCCGCGUUACGACGACGCAACCAACGCGACAGUUGUUCAAACCUCCGAUUUAUCCGCCACGUUCAAAGGCCUAAAACCGUCGACUGAUUAUGCGGUACAAGUGAGAGCAAAGACUACGCGCGGUUGGGGCGAGUACACACCCGUGGUGUAUAAGAAAACACCGCAUGCCAUGGGUCUAGAUUACGUUGGAGAGGACGACAACAUGCAAGUGAGGAUCAUAGCAGGAGCUAUCGUGGCUGUGGUGGUUCUUCUCGUGAUCAUCAUCAUCAUGACUGUUCUGAUUUUAAGAAGCAGGGCCUCGGACGAAUGCAACAAAAAACAGCCAAGUGACUGCGAUACUUUGGAGUACAGGAACGGCGAAGGACUAGUUGUGACCUACAUGCACUGCAAAAUGGACAGUUCACCGAUUGUGACAACCCACACCAACAACAAGAGCAAGUCCUCGCUGACCACGCCGCUGUUCACACCUGCAGUGGGAGUCGCCGCGGCGAGUGCAGGCGGUGCAGGUGGCGGAGGCGCCAGGAGUUACGUCGAUCCUCACACGUACGAGGAUCCGAAUCAAGCUGUACGCGAAUUUGCUCGUGAAAUCGACGCGGGAUAUAUCACUAUAGAGGCCAUCAUAGGUGGCGGAGAAUUCGGCGACGUUUGCCGCGGAAAAUUGAAACUGCCGCCAGAUGGUCGAACAGAGAUCGACGUGGCGAUCAAGACGUUGAAACCAGGCUCCGCGGACAAGGCUCGCAAUGAUUUUCUCACAGAGGCGUCGAUCAUGGGUCAAUUCGAGCAUCCGAACGUGAUAUUCCUGCAAGGUGUCGUGACCAAGAGUAAUCCAGUGAUGAUCAUCACCGAGUUCAUGGAGAACGGUAGCCUGGACACCUUUUUGCGGGCGAACGACGGCAAGUUCCAGGUGCUACAAUUAGUUGGUAUGCUUCGUGGUAUCGCGAGUGGUAUGCAGUAUCUGGCGGAGAUGAACUACGUGCAUCGAGAUCUCGCGGCGAGGAACGUGCUCGUGAACGCUGCCCUCGUAUGUAAGAUCGCCGAUUUCGGGCUGAGCAGAGAGAUCGAGAGUGCUACGGAGGGAGCGUACACUACCAGGGGUGGAAAGAUCCCGGUACGAUGGACAGCUCCAGAAGCGAUAGCAUUCCGAAAGUUCACCAGCGCUUCCGACGUAUGGAGCAUGGGCAUCGUUUGUUGGGAGGUGAUGUCCUACGGUGAGAGACCCUAUUGGAACUGGUCUAAUCAGGAUGUGAUAAAGUCGAUCGAGAAAGGAUACAGGCUUCCAGCACCGAUGGACUGUCCAGAGGCGAUCUAUCAGCUGAUGCUCGACUGCUGGCAAAAAGAGAGGACCCAUCGUCCAACGUUCGCCAAUCUUACUCAAACGUUGGACAAGCUGAUACGAAGCCCGGACACGCUGAGGAAAAUCGCCCAGAACAGAAUCAGGGAAAGGGGUGCUCCACCCCCACCCCCACCCGCCUCGUCGACAUCCUCCAACGUGCAUUUGAGGAAAAGGGGCACCAAUCCACUGGCGCCGGACGCGGUGGAUUUAACGCAGCUGACCUCGGUCAAGGAGUGGCUGGCCUCCAUCAAGAUGUCUCGGUACGCGGAGAGCUUCGAGAGGUCCGGGGUGUUAACCCUGGAAGCAGCGGCACGCGUUACCGUACAAGAAUUAACAGCACUAGGAGUCACGCUUGUUGGACACCAGAAGAAGAUCAUGAACAGCGUGACAGCGCUUAGAGCGCAAAUAUCCGCCACUUCGCAAGGUUUUCUCGUUUAGAAAGCGAACGUGUACCGGUCAGGGUGCGCCUACUCACAGAACCAUUUCCAACGAGCAUUGACUUUUUGCGAUCGACGCAGGACUCGAUAAAUCCCAUAUCGACCUGACGGAUCGUUCGUUCGAGGAGCUUUCGCGUCGAUCGCCCUCUAAAGAGUAUUUUCUCUAUCGCGAGGAACACACACGACGAUCCUAGAUACAUCUCCUAGUCAGGCCGAUAGGCAUUUUCAAAGAAAGUAACCCCUUCCUUUAGCAAGUACACCACGGCCGUAAAAGACGCAGAAGCAGCAGCAGCUCUCCGCCCCAGCCUCGAAGAAUCGGGGAAGCCGCGUACAGCAUAGACAUUCCAGCGCAAGAAACGCUCGAGACUGAUUCGAGAUA